ACACUUGUUACUCCAGCAUGGAGGAGUUGGAGACAGGUAGAUCCCUGAGACUGCUCAGUCUCAUGACAAGUUCUUAGCUACAGAACAACCCUGUCUUUAAAAACAAAAUGGAACCUGGGCUGUGGCCUAGUGGUUAGGGCACCUAUCUCACUCACAUGAGACCCUAAGUUCAAUUCCCAGCACUGAAAAAGUGGAGGGGGCGGGGGCACAAAGGUUUUUAGAAGGAUGCCUGGGUUUGACCUCUGGUUGAUCUAUAUACACUCUUACAUGCUCACUUCCACAUGCAUGAAUCUGUACACGCAUGAACACGUACACAUAACACAGACACUCAGCAAUGUAAGAACAUCGAAGGCAGCUGAGGAGAUGCAGAAAAAACCCUCCUAUAAUAAUUUUACCAUGUCCUUAAGCGGUUUCUUUUGCCCCCAUUUUCUGGCAUGUACUUUUAUUCUUGCUCGGUAACUGUCAUGAUGCAUGUUGUUUUUAGAUCCUGCCUUUUUCAUUUCCCGUUCCCGUGGAAAGCAGCUUUCCUGGUGUCUUCAUGACAGGUGCAUUUAGCCAGUCCCUUUGGCUAGACACUGGAGCCCUUUUCAGGUGUCUAUGAGCAGCUCAAACAAGGCCUGUCCGAGACCUGAGGCCCCACUUUGUAAAUCCUUCCCAGGCAGCUGUGUCUCCAUCAACUGCAAACCUUCGGCUUCUUCAGCUUCCACCUGUCUUCAGCGAAGGAAAAUGGCCUCCACACCCUAUUACACCACCUCCCACCUAUGUCAACAUCCAUCCUCUCGGCCAACAUGCACAAACCUAGCACUUAAUGCCUGGGCUGGCCUUCUGCACCUCUGUCUCCCUCACGUGCUCCUGAUGAAUCCCAGAACUCUCUGUUGAUCUCCAGGCUUUUUACCCUAAUCAGGAAGAUCCAAUUUGGCCCUCGGAUCCUGAUACUCUUGGAUCCAGAUACCCCUACCAUCAAUGGCCACACCCUGCCCAUUAACCCUCCAUGGAUUCCUCCAGACCCAGCCACCAAUGCCCUCUCAACCCUGGCCCCUAACUGGGUUUCAUGUCUCUAGUGUUGCCCUUCCACCCAGCUACCAUGUCCAGGUAGAGAGUACAAUCUGAAUACUUCUACAUGUAUUUUUUUCCCAAAUGAAAUUACCACCCCAUUACCACUCAACACUAAAAACCUUUCCUCAAGGGGAGGUCCCUGGGGACACUGGUAUUUCCUUCUUGGAGGCUGCCCUUCCCCCACAUCCCUUUCUAAAUAGCUUUUCAUUCUCUUUGGCCUGGCUUACAAGUCAACAACUCCAGGAAGUCUCUGAAAGCCUCCUGCCCACACCCAUCCCCUCCCAGGCUCAUUUGUGGUGCUCCUUGUGUGUCACCUCCUUCCUGGCAUCACUGUGCAGAGCCCUGCUCUUACUCCACCUGCCUCAGUCUUCACUCCACAUCCUGAAGACAGGGUUUGUCCUCCCACCUCACUUACCUUGAUGUCUUGGACCCAGCCCAAGGCUCGGUGCCAAACAGACCCUGGCAAACAUCUUGACGCAUGACCAUCUUCUAUACCAAAAGGCAUCUUCUUCGAAUGGAUGGACAGAGGCUGGUGCUGCUGGGCAUCCGGGGACAAAUACCGAAAGCUAAGCAGCUCCCUAAAAGGCCAGGAUAGUUCCCUACUCUGCCAGCAAGCCAGAAGACUGCCUCUCACACUGUAGGCUGGCAACCAGUCUAUUUUCGCCAUAGCUUUUUUAUCUUUAUGGCGAUCAUUUUAUAAACAAAACCUGCCAAAUUAAGCUGCUGUUUUGCCAUAGGCACUGUUAAAGGAGGUUGGUCUCUUAGGAGAUGGCUCUGAGGGCUGAAUGGGGAGUGAGCUGGCUAGGGUCACAUGGAGGUUGCCAACAGAGACAAAGAAGCCAAGGGAGGCCAACCUGGGGACUUUCAAGGGCCAAGAAGAGACUCCUGUGGCGGUUCUUCCUGUCUGCAUUUGGUGUCUUAGCCCUGUACUAUUACAGGUUCAGUAUUAUCAGGCACAUAGAAGUCUCCAUCCCCAUGGGCAUCUGCCCUACCAACACAAUGCCUCUGCCGAGGGACAAUUUCACAGGAGUACUGCGCCACUGGGCCCGGCCUGAAGUCCCGACCUGUACCUCUUGGGGAGCCCCAAUUAUUUGGGAUGAUACCUUCGACCCGCAUGUGGCUGAGCAAGAGGCGAGGCGACAGAACCUCACCAUUGGACUGACCGUCUUUGCUGUAGGCAGGUACCUGGACAAGUACCUAGAACACUUCCUGAUGUCGGCAGAGCAACACUUUAUGGUCGGCCAGAAUGUGGUGUACUAUGUGUUUACGGAUCGCCCGAAAGCAGUGCCCUACGUGGCUCUAGGCCAGGGUCGUCUGCUGCGGGUGAAACCUGUUCAGCGAGAGAAGCGCUGGCAGGAUGUGUCCAUGGCACGUAUGCCCACGCUACACCAGGCUCUGGGAGGACAGCUAGGCCAAGAAGCUGACUAUGUGUUCUGCCUGGAUGUGGACCAGUACUUCACCGGUAACUUCGGGCCGGAGGUGCUGGGAGAUUUGGUGGCGCAGUUGCAUGCCUGGCACUACCACUGGCCGCGGUGGCUGCUGCCCUACGAGAGGGACAAGCGAUCGGCCGCUGCGCUGUCAUUUAGCGAAGGCGAUUUCUACUACCAUGCCGCGGUGUUUGGGGGCAGUGUGGCUGGGCUGCUCAGGCUGACGGCCCACUGUGCCAGGGGCCAACAGCUGGACCGUGAGCACGGCAUUGAGGCGCUCUGGCACGAUGAGAGUCACCUCAACAAGUUCUUCUGGCUGAGCAAGCCCACCAAGCUGCUGUCGCCUGAGUUCUGCUGGGCAGAGGAAAUUGACUCAAGGACAGAGAUCCGCCACCCUCGCCUGCUCUGGGCACCCAAGGAAUAUACACUGGUACGAAACUAGCAGCGCCCCCCUGGCGAGGCAGGUCCCUGAGAAUCUUUGGCACUGCGGGUGUUGAGUGGGGCUGUAAAAUGUUUCAAAACCACGAAGUCAGUUAGAGCCAGGUUCUGUGCCUCUGGAAGGGGGACUUUGGAACUCAGAGGUAUUGAAAAGGGACUCCUUGGGACCCUUUGUCAGGUGUAAAUUAUGGAAAGGGGAGAGUUAAGGCAGCUUUUGUACCCCAGGUAUUUGCCAGCAGGGGAGGGCAGCAAGCAUCACCUUCUAGGAUUAAAACUUUUGCAGAGGCCUUGGCCCUUGGCAGCGCCUGGUGUCUCAGCUUCUGACUGGACCUAGGUACCAGGGUUCCCAGACCUUGACAAUGACCAGUGUUGCAGCUACUGAGCCUUCAGUAUCUGAGGCCUGACAUCUGUCUGGAGCCAUUCCUGGGACCAGGAUCUAUGGUUUCUCGUCUCUUGGUCCUCAUUGACUUCAACCUCAGCUCUCCAUCCUCUCUGCCUCUGCUGGCCCUCUUGUUCUUGUGCAGGCCCCUGUCUGCAUUUGUUCAACUGCCUCUUCCUCCACCGUCAACUUGGCUGGCUCCCUGACCCGGUGAGCACUUCCCCUCCAGCUCUCAAGCAGCCGACUGCCUUGCCACCCUUGUGGUGUGGCCAGCAGACCACUCGAUUGUCACUGCCUCUGCCACCACCGCUGCUGCGCUGGCUCUUCCUUCAUGUUACUGGACAGCCCUCACCCUUGGCAAGGGCAUUCAAGAGAAGCCUCCUGAACCUAACAGCACGGUGUGUCGGUGUGUCGGGAAAGCAGCAUGGGAGAGCGUCAGCCCUCCCCCCACCCCCCACCCCUGCAUGCUAGCUCACUAAGGGCAGCGGAAUGUCUAGUUUUAUAGCCAUAAGUGAGACGUUUGAACCAACCCAGCCUCAUUUCUCUGGGAUACUCCCAGGUGGCCCUUCGGCUAGAUCUCCUCUCUGUGUUAGAAUGGCUAUGGGGUCUUCUAGAGUCCACAAAGGCUUUGGCAGCAGAAAGAAUGUUUCAAAUAACCAUGUUUGACGACUGUCCCUUCAAGAGCUCUGUCAUAGGAUUUUCCAUGUCCAAUCACAUUAGUGCAGAGGAGGCCUGUGACUGGAUAGGGGUGGAGGGGAACGGAGGUGGAGCUAAGAGUUGCAGAGAGGGAGAGAGGUCUCAGGAGGCGAGGGGAGGAGAACGGAGGGCGACAGUGGUGUUAUCAAAAGGUUAGAAUAAUUGGGUUAAAGCUUUAUCAUUAUCAAUUGGCUCUGAAAUUAUUUAUUGG